AUGCGAAGGGUUCUUUCACCAUACUGUCCGACAGCCAUGACAACUAUUACUAGAGCCGUUCACCUCUUACCGAUCUUUUAUCCUAUCCUGAUCGUCGUCACAAUUUUUACCCCAUAUAUCAUAGCGGUAUCGUUGGACCAUGUCUACCCGUUUUUGCCAAGUAUAAGCAAAACAGCAGGAUUUGAGCCAGAGGGGUCAAUUUUUGGUUUUCUGAUGUUUUUAGUGGCGUUGUUCGGGUUGCUAGCGCUCUUUACCCGAUAUCUUCAACUCAAGGGAUUCAGUCAACAAGGAUUUGAGAAAGAUGUUUUACACAAGGUGAAAUGGUUCAACCCAAUUUCUCUGCCACCUGGUGUUUUGGGCAUCCUAGGAGUUGUGAUAGUGGCGAACUUUCGUUCUUCAGUUAUUCAGGUGAGUUCCGCCACAAAUUGCUCAGUAGUAAAAUUUUAAUAUAUAUUUUAUCUUUAAUAUAUCUUGCUGGGUUCUUGCCCGUUUUCUGUAGCCUGUUGAAUUCCGGUAAAUAGAAGUAAAACACCAAGGAAGCAAAAAAUCUCUCAAGGAUAUACCUGAUAUGCUGGGAUGGUUUCUCGUUGUCAGAGCAGCUUUUCAUUCUUAAAUAUAAUGACCCCAGGAAGGUCUUGCCACACGCGAAUAAUUGAACAGCUAAUCGUUUAUUCUUUCUAAAAAAUAGAUUUCGCAAAAAUUCGUCUAAAUCGAAUACAGCGGGUGUAGUUCAGUUUUUACCCUAUUCGUUUAACCCAGGCAAUACUUUUAGCAUAUGUCAGUAUGCUAAGCGUUUCGAAGAUAUAUAGCAUGUUUAGCAUGCAUUUUGUGGCAACGGGAAAAAUAAUAGAAAUAUAAACUUAGGCAAAAGUUUCAUACCCUGUCUAGUCGAGCAAGUUUUAUCCCAUCUAUAAAUUCAUCUUCAUACUAUAGGUUGGCGACAAUAUUAUUGGCCCUGAAUGGAUUAACCACAUGAAAAAACAACGAGAGCCAAAGCAUGACAAUUGAAAAUGGCCGCGGGUCUAAGACGCUUUAUUUAGUGAAAAUUAGGAAUUUAGAACUAGGCUUUGUUAAUUUUCUAGCGUUUUUGUGUCCCUUGGGUACUCACUAAUUUAUCAAGUAGAAAUGCAUGCUGCAACUGUAUUAAAAACAAUUUGGGUGUGGGGGGAAAGCGUAUGCGCCGGGAAAGGGACAAGCAUACAAAAUAAAUUCAUAUUUAGGCCCUGUCCACACUAAUGCGUUUUCAGUUGUCAUCAAAACUGACGCAUCGAUCCAUCGAUUCGCAUCCACACUACUGUUUUGAUGUGUUUUCGGCUGUCCAAACUGAUUCGUUCGACAGCGACAGAAUUGGAUGUUGUGACGUAAUUUGAACUCUACGUGCAUGCUACAAACACGUCAGUUUGAUGCGUUUUCGACUGUUCACACUAAUAGACGAUUAGUAUGCGUUUUCAAAUCGAUGCGUUUACGAUGAAAACGCUCAGCGUAUUAGGCCUAAACGCAUCGAAAUGUAUGCGUUUACAAACGAAAAAGCACUUAGUGUGGACAAGGCUUUUUCUGACAAAGAUAUGGUCACAGAAACCCCAGGAGACCCCGCCCGUCGGCUCCUAGCAGCGUCAUUGCCUCGGAAAACAUUCAAGAGCAACAAAAUUACCUGUUCCCUGAGGGACCAGUUAUUAAGAAUUGCCAAGAGACAUUAUGGCUCUUGGAAUUGCCAAAUACGGUUGGUGAAAGUCAGUUAUAUUUGUUACCUUUUGAUUUUUUUCUUUAGAUAGUCUCAGCCAUAUAUCAAGUUCAUAACGUCGGGACUGGGGUACUCUUUAUUGGCAGCGGUGUAUAUUUCUGGUUUCAGACCCUCAUCAGUUAUCACGGAGUGGCAGUUAAGCUCAAUAGCAAAAGCAUGUUCCUCUUCCGGUUAGCUGUAUCCCUUAUCAUGACCGUCUCUGGCGUGGCGUACCCCUUCUUCAAAUACACAAAGUAUAGUAAUAGAAUGAAUGGAAUCGAAACGGCACACUGGAGUCCAGAAGAAGAUGGUUAUGCUGCGCACGUGAUCAGUAGUGUAGGGGAAUGGAUCGCUUGUCUUACUAUAGGAAUCUACAUUGCGUCAUUUUACAAAGAGUUUCAGACGUUUUCUCUUGAGGUAUCGUAUGUUGAAAACGCUGAAUUAGAAAGAAAAUCGAAUGGAGGUUACUCAAAGGUAGGACAAAGCAAGGAAGGCGAGGUUUCGGACGAAUAA